GCGCCUCGACGACAGUCGCGAAGGCAACCUCCAGUUUCGCAACCAACGAGUAACCUCAGACUGACCUCCAUCUAUCCCAGCUCGUUCCUGAAACAGUUUCAAGUUUCACCACUCAAAAUUGUACGGCAGUGUCCCUAAAAUAGUACGGUGCCAGCGAGCAGCCAUUCGUAAUUUCCUUCCCAAUGGUCAUUGGUAUACUGUAAUGUGUUUCACACAGGUGUAGCGAUCUGUUCUGAUCUGACCUCACCUUUUUCUUCGUCCCACACUGCUGCCAAGACUCCGGAGCGGAGUAGCUUGGCAGCUGUAGCAGCUGUAACAGCAAUAGAAGCCAUAGAAGCAAUAGAAGCAACCAGUGACGAGCCCUUAUCCCCCUCGGUCUCCAGCACGCAUUCCUGAGCGAUCCCCCGACGCUGCGAAUCCUUCUCGCGCCGAUCGAGGGUUCGGUCUGGUUCGGUUCGGCUCGGUUGCGCGCGAUGGCGUCGUCGUUGAAGCUGCGUCGCGCGGGCGUGGUGCGCUGCCCGGUGGGCAUCGUCGCGCUCAUGUGCGUCGCGGCGUUCUUUCUCGGCGGAUUCUACGGCAGCGGCCUCUUCGGGCGCGUGCCCGAUCUCAAGGCGCCAGCGAGAGCCGUCCCCGCGUCCUUCACCAACCCCUCUCACCGCGGAAUGCGCCUGGAGCGCGCAGGGGACCGCCGCGGGAGCCUGGACGGUGGAGCGGAAGGGGAGGGGGAGGGGGAGGGGGAGGGGGGGAGCGCGGAGGGGGGUCAGGGGUGGCCGGCUUUUGAUCAUGGCAAGACGGGGGAGAGUAGUGUGUCCACUGUGCCGUUCCAGAUGAUAUCAUGGCAUCCGCGCGCCUACGUGUUCCCCCGCUUUGCGCCGCGCCAUGUGUGCGAGAACGUUCUUGCAGCCGCCUCCAAGCGCAUGUCCCCGUCCGGGCUGGCUCUCCGGCCGGGAGAGAGUGAGGAUGGCACCCGGGAUAUCCGCACUAGCUCAGGGACUUUUCUCUCAGCCAAUAUGGACCCGUCGGGCUCUCUUGCUUGGGUGGAGCGCAAAAUGGCAGCAGUCACGGGCCUUCCCGUCAACCAUGGCGAGUCUUUUAACGUUUUGCGGUAUGAGUUGGGGCAGCAUUACGACUCACACAUGGACGUGUUUGAUCCAAAGGAAUAUGGCCCGCAGUCAAGCAACCGAAUGGCAUCGUUUCUUCUGUACCUUACUGACGUGGAGGAGGGUGGUGAAACCAUGUUUCCCUAUGAGGGUGGGCGCAACAUGAAUAUCGGUUACAACUAUAAGGACUGCAUUGGGCUUAAAGUGAAGCCACGGAUGGGAGAUGCUUUGCUUUUUUGGUCCAUCUACCCCAACGGCACCAUUGAUCCAACUUCACUACAUGGAAGCUGUCCAGUGGUCAAGGGUUCCAAGUGGGUGGCAACCAAAUGGAUUCGUGAUAAGCCAUUUUCCUCAUGAAUCAAAUUAAACAAGCAGCUUUUUUGGGUUGCGGAGCAACCUAUUGUAAUCGAUCGGAUACCAGAAGAAUGAAUCUGGUACAGGCCCCACGAUUGGUUUUAGUGUACCCUGAUUGCCUAGUGUCACGUGUUGUGGCAAUGUGCCUAGUAUCCGAGCGUUCCAGGGUUCAAUUAUUGAAGUUAACGAAU